AUGGCCUCAGAGCUCUGGGAGAGCUCCGGCCCCGAGCCCCUCCUCCUGCUGCUGGUGGUCAUCCUGCUGGCCCGCUUCCUCCUCUGGGCCUGUCUCGGGACCUUUGUCGACUACAGGCUGGCCCGACAGCACCCCGGCAAACCCAAGGAGGACUAG